AUAGUACGUCAGGGAAAUGAGACACGCCCACUCGUCUCCAACAUCAACAAUAGUCAACGUGCAAAACAAAAUCAGAUCACAAACGACAUGAAAAUUCAAAGAUAAUUUUUACUCAUUAAUUAAAUCGAUAAAGCUUAUAUUAUUCAACUCCUAAGAAUGGAUACGGAAGCAAAGGUUCCCAGCACAAGGAGAAGAGAUCUCCCUCCAAUUCCUCAAGGACAGAGGCGGGGACCACGAGCACUGCCAUCUAUGCCAAGUCAAGACACAGCAGAGGAGAUGCCUGCUCCAAAGAGUAGGAAAAAGAAGGCCAAGAGAGAUGUGGAGAGUGUGGAUGAACCUGACGAUGGUGGAAUGGAAAUGGGAGGACUUACCAGUCGCAGACAAUCCGAAUGUCAGGAACCUUUGACCCCGGAGCCUCUGGACAAUCCACCACAAAGGAGGAAAAAGAAGAAGAAAGCACAAGCCAUUGAUGUGGAGGGAGAUCAGGCAGACCUGGUGUCAAAUGGAGAUAUGAUGGAUCAGAACACUGAUGAAGAGGUGACACGCAGACCAAAAAAGAGGAAAGUAAAACCUAAAGUAACAGAAACACAGUCCAACAAUGAACUGGACGUAGAGGAUGAUGAUAUCAUCACAGACCCCCAGGCGCCUGUUCCCCAGCAUUCCUUGUUCUCCGCUCCCCAAGGUCCGAGCCAGCCUGUGGGGAAGGUGUUUGUGGAAAGAAGCCGUCGUUUUCAAGCAGCUGAGCGAGUGGACCAGUGGAAGGCCAGUGGCCCGACGGAGCAGAGCUUUAUGGACAUCCGUUCAAUGUGGACCACUAGAGAUGUCUCCAUAAGAGUACACAGUGGCUUCAGAGUGAUUGGCCUGUUUUCUCAUGGCUUCCUGGCUGGUUAUGCUGUGUGGAAUAUCAUUGUGGUCUAUGUGUUGGCUGGGGAACAGUUGAGCUCUCUUUCCAACCUCCUGCAGCAGUAUCAUACCCUGGCCUAUCCCGCACAGUCCCUCCUCUACCUGCUGCUGGCUCUCAGCACCGUCUCUGCCUUCGACAGGUUGAAUCUGGCCAAAGCCACUGCUGCCAUGCGGAGUUUGCUAACCCUGAGUCCUGUGGCACUUGCUUCCCUCUUGUACUUUUGUGCGCUCAUUUUAUUGUUAAGCCAGCAGAUGACAAGUGAUCGCAUCAAUCUCUAUAAUCAGUACUCCAGCGAUAAUGUCACACUUUGGCAGCCGGGCUCAGAGCACAGCUUCCUUCAUCCCUGGAUCAUAGUGAAUCUGGUCGUCACUUUGCUGGUCGGGCUGGCCUGGGUUCUCAUGUCAACAAGUCCAGAUAUCGACCGCACAGAAGAGUUUUUAAUGUCAAUGGAAAUGGAACAUCCAAAAGCAGAAGAGAAGGACAUCACUGCCUAAGGCACCUGAAGUAGUUUUUUUUUCUACUAUAUUUUGAUACAUGGUCAUUGUAUAUAUUAUAAAUGCUUGCCCAUUUUAAGGUCUCAGCAAUAAAAAGUUUUAGAUAAUC